AUGAACACAAACACACCACCAACCUUCAACUACAAGGCUCCUAUAGACAAAGGAGAUGGAAGAUACCUCAUUGAGCCAAACUUUUCAUCUUCUGAGCCUCUUAAUAAACAUUUGGCAAUAGCAAGGAACUCAGAGAUUCCCAAGUAAGUCCCUAGCACUACCUAAAUCUUCUAUAUACCCCUUUCCCGGCUGCCACCGACGCCACUUUCCGCAAGGACAAUGCUAACUCCUACUCAUUUAGGCUCCUCACAACGAAGGGGGCACUAACAGAGGCCGAGAAUGCAUCAAUGCUGUAUCAUCACCUGAAAACAAAUGAAACAGUGUAUUUGGGUACAGAAAGAAACAAUAGGACAACAGCGGGCUACCUAGACCCGAAGUCCUAUCACCAAAAAAGUCCCAAAGCCUACGCAGCAGCCGUAAAGGCACAGAAGAUGGCUUUACAGCGUGAUGAGAGGAGACCUGGCGAAAGUAAGCUUGAGAUGAUCCUUGGUGGGGGAAGGAGGGCCAAUCCUAGGUGCUAUACGCUUGGGUUUACCGUCAAUCCACAAGCGUUAGCGGCAGGCUCUGGCCCUGUCAACAAGGCCAUUCUAGCGAACCAAGCUUAUGUGCUCGAGUUCUUGAGAUCGAUAACAGAAGCUCUUAUUGGACCAGUGGAGACCAUUGUUUCAACAGAAGAGCUAGAUCUUGUUGCUAGGCAGAGGGAAAUCGAUGUCCCCUUCACAUUCGGAUCAGCUGCCAACUACUUGUUUAGUAAGCUAUGACUCCUACCCCAACUGAAAGCUUUCCUGACCUCAAACGUUAACUAACCUUCGAUUAGCAUCCUUGCAGCUCAACUACUCUGACCUUGACCAGGCAUCUCUAAAAAACUCACUCGGCUCUGUAGGCGGGCUUCAUGCUGACGCGAACGAUAGCCCUAAUCAUUGGACCUCGCUCCUGUGCCUCUCAAAUAUGCCAUCUAACUACUUUGGAGGUCGCACAGCAAUCACAUCCAUCAGAACAUACACCGAGUUUCCACCCAAGGGGAAAGGGGUCCUUGUUUUCAGAGCUUUGCACCCCCAUAUGAGCAUUGGACCCGCAAAAAUGGAGGAGCAUUCAGCUAGAAAGCCUUUGCAUUUCGAAAUGCCAGAGGGUGACGAGGAACUCGAUCCAGUGAGGUAUAUCGCUUCUCGCUGUAUGGCAGUUGGUUAUCCCAAAGAGCACAUAAUGAAGAAAUCUCCCGAAAUCCAAAGGAAUCUUACCCCUCUUCUUUAUAACCAGAGGCCGAAUACCAAGACCAACACUCCAGAGAAACUUCCUGAAGCUCUUUUGGCAUUCGGUACCAAAGAAAACCAAGCUACCUGGUAUGCCAUGGCACAAGCAAAGAAUCAGGCCCGAAACUUCCAAAACGAUUCUCUAUUUGUACCUUUGACUGCAGCUGAAAUAGCUCACAACCACCGGUAUUCUUUGGAAGAUGGCUCAGUAGCUACCCCUGAUGUUAGUAGGAUUCAAAACACGUUGCUUGGUAACUCAGCGACUGCUAAGGACUCUAUGCAUCACAAGAAUUGGGAAGCUUCGGAUAAGUUCAACAGGGAGUUGUUGUCUCAACGUUUCUUCCGCUCGACAAGAAAGUCUGGGGGUGCCUCGUGGACAAGCAAAGAAGGUCCUAUUGAACUGGUAGAUGAAUCUGACAUUGGAUCUAUAAUCCGGAGAGUUGAACUUGAGGUGAAUGUCUAUGACACCUUCUUUUCUUUGUUAACUCAUCCUUACCUAUUACUAACGCAAAUAUGUUUUAGUUGGCUGCCAAGAUCACAGAAAAUUCAAAGCAGCUCAACCUCGAGACCUCCACUCAGACGCAAACACAGUUCGAAGCUGCCGCCAGGGAGGAAUUCGGCAAGCGCCCAUUUAAAUGCGGUCAUUGCUCUUCACGAUUUCCUGCUAUGAAGAAGUGCGAAAGGCAUCAUAUUAAAAAGCAUGCUAGGGACUACGAAUGGGAGGCUGUGAAGCCAAGUUCAGAUUUAAAGUCUCUUCCUAAGUCGGAAUCUACAAUCGGAAAUGAAGAUGCAGAAGAGGCAGGAAGAGAAGAGGAAGAGAAUAAUGCGGAUGAUUAUAUGGAGGAAGACGUAAGAAAUUCCGAGGAAGAGAAUGAAGAUAGUGACGAGGAGUCAAUUCAUGGAGGCCAAAAGUGA